GGCUGAGUUUCAACGCAAUAUCGUUUUCAAAAGAUCUUGGUCGGUCUCUCGGGGAUUACUUGAAUGCUAUCUAGUAUCUGUACUCUGACAUCCGCUUCUCUUCUUUGCAAUUUACGAGCGAUAAAACGAUAUGGCAACGCUAAAGAGGAAGCCGCUCCUACCCACCGCUGACAGAUCAUCAUCCGAGACCCUCCUGGGCUCCUUCUACUCACGAAAUGAUGACUUGGACAACCUGCCUGAAAAUUCUACCGAAAUUGAGAUACCUGGCAGCCACACCACAGGAUUUCGUUCCACCAAGAUAACUAGCACGGCUGUUGCUAGCCCGGUUGCCUUCAAUCGACAGGAUAUCAAGGACAUCAGCCCCAAAGAAGAGCCUUUCACUCAUGCGAAAUACCCUUCUUCACAAAGGUACCGCAUUUUCUGGUACUGGAAAUGGGAACUCGCUGCACUUGGCUUAGCCGUUGGGCUGCUCGCAGCUAUAACUGCUCUUCUAAUGUCUUUCAACGGGCAGCGUGUUCCAGACUGGGGCUAUUCCAUCAACCUCAGCACUCUUCUCGCCCUGUUAGCGACAAUUCUCCGAGCUGUUAUAGUUAUGAUCAUUGGCCAAAUUAUCUUGCAGGCCAAAUGGACCUGGUACUCAGGGGACCGUUCGCGUCCCCUUCAACAUCUACAAGACUUUGAUCGUGGCAGCCGCGGUACCGUUGGAUCAGCGUUUCUCUUACCAACGGUGCUUGGAGGUAGUUUCGUCACUGCUCUUGCGGCUCUAGUUAUGGUUUUUUCACUCGCGAUCGGUCCAUUCGUCCAACAAGCGAUUAAAACGACGAGUUGUGUCCAUCCAGUGCUAGGAAUGACCGCUUCACUGCCCUCGGCCCACUUUGUCCCUCGGCAAGUUCUAUUUGGCAGAGGAAAUAUAAAUACAGAACCUUUAUCAGAACUCAACAACUCUGUCUUUGAAUGCCUGACCGGAGGCGUCGACGCAGUCGAAAAUCAGAUUGGUACCUGUAGCACUAGCAAUUGCACCUUUCCAAAUGGUGACCCAAUCGACGCCUCUACUACGUCCACAGUCGCCUCCUCAUUCUCUAACGUUGGAAUGUGCUCAAGUUGUGUGGACGUCUCUCCCCUUGUGGAGUCUGUCGAGACUAAUAUGAGUUCCGGGUUGUCCACCUGGAGCUUGCCAAAUGGGCAAUCUAUUACUUCUCCCAAAAACUGGACUGCUUGGGGGACGGUUGCAAACGUGAGUAUAAACUCCGACUUUUUAUGGCUGAAGAGCCUCUUAAGUCCCGAAUUCGCGCAGGCUAGUCAGUGGGCGGUAGCUAUGGUCACAUCGCUUGUGCUGUCCUCGUCGCAAUGCGGAGAUACUGCAAUGCCCUACUGCCAAACAAAGAUGCCUUUUCCCAACGGGCACAAGAUGGUGGGUCCUAUUGCUGCGGCAUGCGCACUGUACCCUUGUAUACGAAGGACGGUCCCUUCGAUGACGAACAAUAAGCUGUCCGAGGUUCUAAUCGAUACCACAAAGCUAUUGCCCGCAGUUUUCGAUACUUUCGUGAACGGCCCGUUGGGAAAUAUCACCAAUGAGCUUGAGUUCCUGUCAGGCAUCCUGACUGGCUUAAACGUCACUGAUCCCGGCUCAUUAUUGAAUUACGCAGAAAUCCAGUUGCCCUGCCGCGUUAAUGAGACUAUAUACACAAGUCAGAAUGCUUCCGGGGCACCGAAUGCAACAACUCUACUUCUGUACGAGACGUUCCCUAAUGGAACAUUCCAAAUCAAAAAAGUCUCGGCCCCAGAACCGUGCAUCUACCGACAAGACCCAAUAUUCACAUCCACGGUAGCGAACAUACUAGAAACGUUUCUGCCGCAGACCUGCUUUUAUAACGGCCUUCUCGAUAUAGAAUGCUCUGGCAAUAUAUGGGAAAUAGGGAAUGAAAUGUAUAAUCUAUACAGGAAUGCCAACAUCACAGUGUCUGCGAUCCACAAUUACUUCGAGUCGUUCGCUAUGGCACUUACGAAUAGGUUCCGGUCGAGUUUCGGGAGUUCAGUAUAUGUCGCGAACACACUCUCGGACCUGCCAGAGGGUGAGGUACAGGGGGUUGUAUGGCAGGAUUCGGUGUGCACGUCCGCGCAAUGGGAGUGGUUAUUGCUUCCUGCCUUACUCGUGCUCCUUACUUGUUUCUUAUUGUUAUGGACGGUUGCUGAGAGCUGGAGGCGCCGUAAUAUUGAGCCUGUGUGGAAAGAGAACGUACUACCUGCAUUGUUAUACAAGGAUAAAUUCAAAGAGACGGAUAAAUCUGCGUUAGGUGAAGUGUCGGGACAGCUUCCAGGAGGCUUGAAUCGACAAACGGAUAAGCUGCUGGAAAUCGAUGAAAUGGAAGCGAUUGCGAAGAGUAUAAAGGUGAGAUUUCACUGGUCUGAGGGUAGAGGACAAGAAAUGAAAACAUUUAGUAUAAGAACUAAAGAGAAUAAUACCGGGAAAAGGAAUUAAGACGUGACUAGCUAAAGAAAAUAAAAGAAAAUGCUAUAAUUAAGAAC